AUGAUUCUUUCAGCUCUUCUAACUUCUGUUGGAAUUAACUUUAGCUUGUGUUUUAUAUUUUUCACCUUAUACUCUAUACUGAGGGAACAACCUGGCAAUAUUCCUGUCUAUGCAUCACGCUUAGUUUCCGAAGAUAAACUUCCAGAGGCUCAAUUCAAUUUGGGACGGCGGCCUACGGCUGGUUGGAUGCGAAGAGCAUGGGAGCCCUCUGAAGAUGAACUUAUUUCAAAUGCAGGCCUAGAUGCGUUUGUCUUCAUGCGCAUAUUUGUGUUUAGUGUAAAAGUAUUUACAUUUGGAGGAAUUGUUGGGAUACUCAUUCUUCUUCCAAUUAAUUUUAUGGGGACUCAGAUUCGUGAUGAUUCUGAUUUUCCAAACAAGUCAUUGGAUUCCUUCAGUAUUUCUAAUGUUAACAAUGGUUCAAAGAGGUUAUGGAUCCAUUUUUGCGCAGCAUAUGUUUUCACCGCAGUUGUCUGCAUUCUUCUUUAUCAUGAAUAUGCAUAUAUUUCAUCAAAGAGAAUUGCAUGCUUCUUUUCAGCCAAGCCUGAGCCUCAUCAGUUUACCAUAUUAGUCCGAGGUAUUCCAGUUCCACCAGAAAGCAACUGCCAAGAGACGGUUGAGCGCUUCUUCAUGGAGUAUCAUCCUUCUACUUAUCUUACAAACUCGGUUGUCCGUCGCAGCAGCAAACUUCAAGUUCUAAUUUUUAUUAUUUCCAUGAAGACUGAUGCAGAGAGACUGUAUAAAAGGCUUACCCAACUGAAACAUAAAGAUAAUUCUCCAAAUAGGUAUCGGCGGGACGGAUGUUUUGGAAUAUUCGGACAAAAAGUUGAUAUGGUAGAUCAGUAUGAAAAAACAUUGGGAGACAUAGAAGAUAAUGUGAGAAUAGAGCAGUCUUCAAUUGAAGGAAAGGAAGUUCCAGCUGCCUUUGUCUCAUUUAAGUCGCGAUUUGGUGCGGCGACAGCUUUGAAGAUUCAAGGAGGCAUCAAUCCAACUAACUGGAUAACCGAGAAAGCUCCCGAGCCUCACGAUGUUUAUUGGCCUUUCUUUUCUGUCACGUUUAUUAGAAGAUGGAUCAGCAAGCUGGUGGCUUUUAUAGCCUUCAUUGUUCUUACCAUUCUGUUUUUGAUCCCAGUUGCACUAGUACAAGGUCUUACACAUCUUGAUCAGUUGGAAACCAUGUUCCCUGCUCUGAAAGAUAUACUUAGAACAGCACUUGUGACCCAAGUUAUAACAGGAUACCUUCCCAUUCAGAUUCUUCAUUUGUUCUUGUCCUUGGUUCCGCAAAUUAUGAUUAUUCUUUCAUCCUUGCAAGGACACAUCUCAUGGAGUCAAAUACAAAAAAGUGCAUGUACUAAAGUGUUAUGGUUUACCAUAUGGAACUUGUUCUUUGCAAAUGUUCUAUCAGGGUCGGCGCUCUAUCGCUUGAACAUCUUUCUCGAGCCUAAAGAGUUUCCAAGAGUAUUGGCCGAAGCUGUACCGACACAGGCAUCAUUUUUCAUAGCAUAUGUUGUAACAUCUGGAUGGACCAAUAUAGCAUUGGAACUCUUUCAAUCGGAUCGACUUUUCUACAACUAUAUAGAUAGAAUUUUCGGAGGAGAAAGCGACGAGGACUUUGAGGCGCCAUCGAUCCCUUACCACAGAGAAGUUCCCAGGAUUCUGUUCUUUGGACUUCUUGGUGUGACUUACUUCAUCCUUGCUCCACUGAUACUGCCAUUUCUCGUAGUAUACUUCUGUGUUGGAUACAUCAUUUAUCGCAACCAGCUUCUAAAUGUGUAUAUCCCAAAGUAUCAAACUGGAGGAGAAUUUUGGCCUACAGUUCACAACUACACAAUCUUUUCAUUGUUGCUGAUGCAUAUCAUAGUGAUAGGGAUAUUUGGGCUGAAAAAGCUUCCUCUAGCAUCUGGCUUGACUCUUCCUCUUCCAAUUCUCACAUUUCUGUUCAAUGAGUACUGCCGGAAAAGAUUCCUUCCUAUAUUCGAGGCCUAUCCGGCCGAAUGUUUGAUCAAGAAGGACAGACAGGAUCAAGAAGAUCAAAACAUGUCUGAAUUUUAUGAAAAGUUGGCCAAUGCAUAUAAGGAUCCAGCUCUGAUGCCAAUCAAAUAUUCUGGAAUGUUUCUUGGUCACAAACACAGGUCUCCACUACUUCAAAGUUCAUCAGAAGCUUAA